AUGCAAGUGGAAUGGGUGAGAGUGGAUUGUCUCACAUGGUCCUGCAUUGCAGUUGCGGAUCAGAAGAAAUCAGCUUGUGACAGGGAACGAUCCCGGAUGCAAGAAAUGAACAGAGCUUUUGCAGCAUUGAGAAGACAGCUUCCCUUUUAUUGUCAACCAGGAAAAAAGAUUUCCAAGAUCGAGUCUCUCAGGGUGGCCAUUAGGUACAUGCGGCAUCUGGAAAUACUAACACAAUGCGGUCCCAACGACUCGCCGCCACCGGACUGGGACCCGCCGCCGUAUUUGGUCCACGCGGCGCACGCCAAUCGGAAAUGCGCCAAGCAACAGGGCCAGGAAUGGCCCGUUCAACCCCUUUUGGCCGAAACAGGACUGCAAUAAAGCGAGGGUAACACCCCGUGAAUGAGAAUAUGGCGGAACAAGGGGGGCACUUUGCAGGAGAUACAGAAGGGAAUGGGUUCCGGUGUGUGAGGGUUGUUAUUGAUGUGCUGUGGCUUUUUUUUUAUAUAUUUACUCGCUGUUAUUGUGCGUGCCAUUCCGUGAUGUGCUGAUGAGAUUAUUGAAAAUCUGGAUUCUGCUGAAGUGA